GUGUGUGUGUGUGUUUUGAGGUUUAGUGAAGCAUCUCGUCUGCUGCUGUCAUGGAAAGACUUGAGGUGAAACGAAGCGUUGUGUGUGAUCGCUGAUGAACUUGAUAACCCCAGAGACCAGCAUGCCAAGAUGGGACGUCUAUCUUUGAAACUUCUUGUCUUCCUCCUUUGUCUCCUGCUUCAUCUUCAUCCUUCGUGUCCUUACUCGCUGAAAAGCUGCACCAUCGCUUACACCGAGGACGUCUCGGCGGACGUUGUGUUGGAUUGCACCAACCGUAAACUUGUUACGAUACCUGACGACAUCCCCAGAGAGGCAAACUCAGUCAAUCUUGGCCACAAUCAGAUCAAUCGGAUCAACAAGAAUGAUUUUGGCAACUUGUCAAAGGUGAGAAUUUUGUUCCUGUACGAGAAUGAGAUCUCUGACGUGGACGAUGGAUCCUUCCUUUUCAUGGUGUCAUUGACCAGGCUCUACAUGAGCACGAACAAACUCACGAACCUGACGGCCAACCUUUUUCAGGGACUGUCAAAACUCACCCUGCUAGACCUCAGCAGCAACAGCAUUCAGCUCAUUCAUCCUUUGGCCUUUCAGUUCCUGUCCAGUUUACAAACGGUGAAGUUGGACACCAACAAGCUCCGACAGAUCACGGACAUCCAACCCAUCCUACAGCUACCGCACCUGCACAACCUGAGCAUUAGCACUAAUCUGUUUCCCUCCUUUGAGACCAAAGAUCUGCUGCUCAACACAUCCACGAGCCUGAAGGUGUUAGACGUUUCUUACAAUGUCUUUGAACGAUUCAGCAUCACGACGCAGAUCUUCCCUCACCUUGAGAUGAUUGACCUUUCUAGAUGUGGCCAAUCAGCUGGCUUCAAAUGGGACGUCACUGACAAGACUUUGCUGAAGAGCAUAACUCGACUGCACUUCAGCCACACUUUGAUUUCUUUUGAAGACAUCCAAAAAGUCCUGCAGAGCCUCGACUCGCUGAUGCAUCUAAAACUGAAUUACAUGGACUCCUGGAUCCACAAAGGUCUCUUAGCUACGGUCUGCGAAAUACCGACACUAAAGAAGCUCAACCUGUGCUUCAACCAUGUCGCCAAUUUAAGUGCAAAACUUGUGACUUGCUCUCAGCUCACUGAACUCAACCUGUCCUGUACCGACCUGACUGAACUGUCCAAUGGCUCGAUUCUGCCGAUGAAGCGACUGAGGUAUCUCACUGUAGACACCAAUUUACUCACCAAAGUGCCGGACGACAUUAAGAGUCUCUCCUCGCUCGAGAUCCUAAACCUCGACGACAAUCUCAUCUCUGAGUUGGACUGUGACGAUUUCCUGAACACAACACGUCUCACAGAGCUUUAUUUGAACACCAACCACAUCUCCAAACUGGACAGUUGUGUCUUUGAGCAUCUCAACCAUCUGAAGGUUUUAAGUAUCAGUGGCAACCUGCUGUGGACAUUCGGAGGCGCCUUCAAAACAGGCCCACACAAUCUCAACAUCUUGGAUGUGAGCAAAAACUUUGUGGCUAGUCUUGACCAGGGUGAUUUUCAAGGUUUAGGGUCCCUAGAAUAUUUGGAUGCGGUGUCAAAUAACAUCGGCAGGGUGAAACAAGGAGCAUUUGACGGACUGAACAAGCUCAAAACUCUUUGUGUGUCUCUUCCACUCGAGUUCGAGAAUAACUUCAGAGGACUACAGCGGGUGGAAAAUAUCACAAUGUACUUCAAUACUGAUGUCAGGUUCAAAGGUCCUCAACCAAAUGAUCACGAGGCUUUGUUGUGUUUGAAAUCCCUGAAAAUGUUCACAAUAAUCUGCAGGGGGUAUCACCACGGCUUCCCCUUCGACAUACCCAAAGAGAUUGUCCAGUCCAUGAAUCAUCUGGAGGAGUUCACAGCUGAUAAUGUUUAUAUUUCUGUACCUGAUCCGGACACAUUCAAAUUCAAUCCCAAUCUCAAGAGUCUGACACUUCGGCAAACUGAUUUGUCAGCUCUUGGUCCUGAACUGUUUCAGCCAAUCCCAAACCUGCAGGCUCUCGACCUUUCCAACACCAAGCUCAUGUCUUUGGAUUUUCUGGCCCAGGCUGACCUGUUCGCACUCAGACGGUUGACGCUGACUCACAAUAAGAUCACAGUGAUUAACGAGACCAUCUUCCAGUCUCUCCCUGCACUCAGAUACCUGGACCUGAACAACAACCCGUUCACCUGUGACUGCUCCAACGCUGGAUUUAUCCAGUGGGUGAAGAGCGACAACCAAACACAGGUUGUGAAUGGCCAUGAGUACACCUGUUUCUUUCCUGCGGCAGAACAAGGAAACAAGUUGCUGGACUUUGACAUCCAGUUCUGUCGGAUAGACGUUAACUUCUUCUUCUUCAUUUCAAGCACUUCUAUAGUUUUGCUAACUCUUCUCACAGCCUUCAUCCUCCACUUUCUGAGGUGGCAUCUAGUGUACACCUUCUACAUCUUCCUGGCCUUCCUCUACGACAGCAAGAGGAGAAAGAGGGGAACUCCUCACGACUACGACGCCUUCAUCUCCUACAACGCUCAUGAUGAGGCCUGGGUUUACAGAGAAAUGCUUCCAGUGCUGGAAGGAGAGCAGGGCUGGAGACUCUGCCUGCACCACAGAGACUUCCAACCAGGUAAACCCAUCAUAGAGAACAUUACAGACGCCAUCUAUCGCUGCAGGAAGACCAUCUGUGUGAUCAGCCGACACUAUCUGCAGAGCGAGUGGUGCUCCAGAGAGAUCCAGAUGGCGAGCUUCCGCCUGUUUGACGAGCAGAAAGACGUGCUGGUCCUGCUGUUUCUGGAGGACAUCCCGGCCCAUCAGCUGUCUCCAUAUUACCGCAUGAGGAAGCUGGUGAAGAAACGCACCUACCUGAGCUGGCUGCAGGCGGGCCAGCACAAGGGAGUCUUCUGGCAGAACGUCUGGAGAGCGCUGGAGACCGGAGACGAUCCCGCUGACCACACGGACCUCCUGACUGGACCAGCAGGGUGCUGAGACCGUGACACUGUGGAGAAAACAGGCCUCCAUAAAGUCAUUAAUCAGAGAAAUAAAAAGUUCUUUGCUGACAGACCUGCUGUGAUGGUUUGAUCUGAGCUCCGACAGAACAACAUGAACCUGAGACAUGUUGGAUGGAUCCAGACAGACAUGAUGAAGAGUCUGAUGGACACGGAGAUGUUUCACAUUCACUGACUUCCAUCAGUCUGCUACAAUA